UCGCCAAGGUGCUGGUUGAGAAAUUUUUUGUGCAUUAUGGUCUGCCAUCCAGAAUUCAUUCUGACCAAGGGCGUGACUUCGAGAGUCGUCUCAUCAAAGAGCUCUUGGGAAUGUUGGGCAUAAAAAAAUCCCGAACGAGUCCAUAUCAUCCCCAAGGUGACCCGCAGCCAGAGCGUUUUAACCGAACACUCUUGUCUAUGCUCGGUACUCUUCAACCAAGUCAGAAACAGAAAUGGAGCCAAUAUGUCAGUUCGCUCGUCCACGCCUACAACUGUACCCGUAACGAUGCGACAGGUUACUCUCCAUACUACUUAAUGUUUGGGCGUGAAGCUCGUCUGCCCAUUGAUCUGUGUUUCGGAACUUCUCCCGAUGGAGACGACUGUAGUGACUACCUACAGUAUGUUGACAAACUGAAAAGUGACCUGAAAAGGGCAUACGAGUUAGCAGUGACAGUUGCUAAUAAGUCACAUGACAAAAACAAGAGGUAUUAUGACAACAGAGUGAGAGACCAAGUGUUGGAGAAAGGAGAUCGUGUGCUCGUAAGAGCUCUGGGCUUGCCUGGAAAGCACAAGCUUGGCGACAAAUGGCACUCUGACCCUUAUGUUGUUGUCGAAAAAUUGCCAGACUUACCCGUGUACAGAGUUAAACCUGAAAAGGGAAGAGGCAUGGUCAAGACUUUGCAUCGGGACCACCUUUUACCCAUAGGGUAUCUGGUCAGGUUUCCCUCAGAUUUGGAGGUGAAGCAGCUACCACAGAGGCCUGUGACACGAUUACAUCAAAAGGAAAAGUCAAUUGAAAAUCCAGACCAGGAAGAACACUCGGAAGACGAGGAGGAAAACUGGAACUUACCUGCUGACCGGAGGGAGGACAUCUUACUGGCCCUUGAUCUGCUGGCGGAUCACUUGAGUGGAGAUGUUCCCCUGGAAACUGCACUAACUCCGCAUAACAUUGUUGAAGAGGACAUUGGUGUGGAUACUGAGGAGGGUGUGGGUGCAAUCCCAGAAGGACAAGACGCAGAGGAAAUUCAGCAACUGCCAAAGGACACUGUGGUGUACACAGGUCUAGAAGAGGGAGAGCUCCCCUCUACUAGUCAGUCCCAAAGUAGUGCAGAGCCUGUUUGUAACCGUCCCGCCCGAAGACAAGUGAAGCCAGUCGUGCGGUUAAGCUAUGAUAAACCUGGCCAUUCCACUAAUAAACCUAUUGUAGUUGUACAUAGAGGAUUGAGAAUCACUAUCAAAAGAGACUCCCCAUUGCUUCGUCAAAGUUGGGAUGAUGUAUGAUGACACAAACAUAUAUAUGACCUUAGUCUGUAGCAUACAUGCCAGACCUUGAUAUUGACUAUAUCGGAUGUGACAGAUGUAAACUUGUGUGAUGAGGACAUCAACACCCUUUGGAAAGGGGAGAUUGUAGCCCUGUGGCUAUUAUUUUCAUUCAUUCAUAUACAGAUAUUAAAAUGUUUGUGUUGUUAACCAAUAAUAGUUCAUGAAGUGUAAAUAUGUUUAAAAAGUCAUUUCGUAUACAGUUAAAAGUCAGAGAUAAAAGGGUGGUGUUAGUUUUAAGAUCCAUAUGAUUGACCACGUUUGUUGUGGGGUAGUGAAGCAUCUCUUUAAUCUCUCAUCUUUGAAUGUAUGUAGCCUUAGCCAAUCCUGUCCUCACCUUGUUCAGGUAGGAGGUGCUUAGCAUCCCUGACGUGCCGCAGCACAUUAGCGACAGCCGAGGCUGUGUUAUCGGCAUCCGAGCUGGAUAGCUGUAGAUUGUAAAGUAAAUAAAAUACUACUAACUCCCAAGACGGACGGAGAGUCGUCCCCUGGUUUAUGUGUGAGAACUCUGAGAAGCUGCCAGAGGACCGGACAUUUGCCAUAAGAGGGAGAGAGUGAGGACCGGGAGAGCCCUGGACCUUUGGAGGGAGACUGUAGCUGCUGUACUUGAACGUGGCUCACCGCACUGUGUUGCUGCACGCUCCAUUUGCUUGCCGUUGAAACUGCACCUUGCCUUUUGCCCCUUUUCCAUCUUAUUCACUGACUGUUGCUGGACUCGUGAGUACACUAUUAACACUGUGCACGUGCUUUUUAUUUGUUUAUGCUGGUUAAAACCAAGUGAAACGGCCAUUCGUUUUCGGCCUCCACGCUCACAAGCAUCGACCAGGCCUGCAACGUUUUCUUUACAUUUAAUAGCCCUGCGUGAAUGUGUGUGUGAGUGUGGGCUGUGGACAUUUGAGUUUAUUUGUUUAUUUGAUUUCACAUUUUAUCAUUGGGUUCAUCAUUUGUGUGUCAAACCUUCCAGACCAAAUGAGAGUUUUGAAUAUUUUUAUCAAUGCAUAGGCCUACUUAAAAGUCAACAGUGAACUAUGUGACUAAUUUGGAAAUCCAAUUAGUAACCUUGCAAUAAAUAAUUAUUGUUGUUUUCACUAAAUCCUGUGUUGUAUUUACAAGGGUGAUACUUUUUGGAUACAUAUUAAAUAGGUUAAAGGGAACUUUUAUUUUAAAGGGUAAGUACCAACAUUUUGUGUUACUUCUUAAAUGUUAUUGGAGGCACCGCCAAGUUAUUUUAUAUCACGUUUACCACAGGUAGCGCCAUCUCCAGACGAACUCAGGCCCCGUCCCACUGUACUACAACACCCCAA